UCCCGCAAAAAAUGUCCAAAGGUUAGCAAAAUCACAGCACAUUACCAUCAAAGGAAAAAACAAGAAAAAACUCAUGGAAACAUUAUUACGACGAUCAAAAACACAAUGUUCUUUGUUCUCUAACAAUGGGAAUAGAAUACAAAAGGAACUUGUCAUAAGAGCAAAGUCAUUACUAGGUUCAUGUGUGAAACUUGAUGCUACUAUAAGAAAUCUCUUCUCAAGAAUUGUUCUCCUUUUUACUUUGAACCAGCUAAAGGAUGAUGACUACAGCUAUGGAACAAAUCUGGCAGUUCUAUUCUUAAAUAACAUUGGAAAAGUUUCAUUUCCUGAUUAUGAGGUGUCCAGAUCACUAGCCAUAUUCCCAGAUAGGGAAGCUCUGGUAAGUUAUGAUUUGGCUCAUCAAGAUGUUUGUGAAAUGGGGAUCUUCCUUGGAAGUAAAAACUCUGAUGUGGCUGAGAAAAUCUUUGUGAAAGUUCAUCCGAGAUUUUCAGAAAUGCUGGAGAAGUUGGUGGUACAAGAGGAUCCCCAAAUUGUUCAUGUGCUGAAACUGCCUGUUCAUUUGCGGUGUUUCUCAGAAUCCUGGCUGCUUACAAAGAUGUGUUCUCUCGGUGUAGAUUUACUGCAGAGAAAUAGGGAGUAUUGCGCGGCUGUGGAACUUCUACGACAAUUACUGAGCCAGACAGAGUUUUGUCCAAACAACCGUGGUUGGUGGUGGGAAAGAUUAGCCUUGAAUCUUGAUCAACAUCUGAAGAAACCCUCAGAAGCUUUGGAUGCAGUUCGUAACGGACUGGCCGACACUAGAGUAAACACUGGGCGUAGACUUGCUCUGGAACAAAGGGCCAGGAGGAUUUGUGAAAUGAAAAGAAAUUCAAGUCUCAAAAGAUAUUUGAACGAAAUCAAGUUUACUGAAUUGAGACAGCCUAAAGUCGUAACAAUAUCUGGUAAACGGCUGGAAAAUGAACCAACGUUUAUGUUCAAAGAUGUGAAUGCGGAUGGAUUUGUUGACAGUGUUAGUUUUGGCAGGGUGGAGGAAUUGGCAUUAGAUUACUACAAACGGCAGGGAUAUAAUCGCGGAAUUCAUGGAGAAAGUUUUACCUACAGAAAUAUCUAUUCAUGUUUAAUGUGGGACAUAAUUUUUGGGUGUCAUGUCGAGGCAGAUGUUUUUAGAACCCCUUUUCAGUCUGCACCACUUGAUAUAUACUGCGAGAAUUUUUAUUCCAACCGAAAGGAAAUUAUUGACAAACGUCUUGAUGAAAUUCGAUCUUCGUCUGCGGAGCAACUCGCAGAGGAAAUUAAAUCUACAUGGCUUGAACAAGAAGGAAAGAUAUGUGUUGGGGUGAGAUGGGAUUUAUUUACUGGCGUUACGCAAGUUAUGGAGGUAACUCAGUGCCUGGGCGGUGAAAUACUUGCUGGUAUUUGUGAGAGGUUCGCUAGAAAUUAUCAUCACACUCGUUCUGGUAUGCCUGAUCUUUUUGUCUGGAACUCUCGAACUCUCAAAUAUAAGAUUGUUGAGGUGAAAGGUCCGAAUGACAAACUCUCAACAAAACAAGAAGUUUGGCUGGACGUCCUUCAAUCAUUGGGUUGUGAAACUGAGGUUCUUUGUGUCAAAGCCGUAGGUGGGAGACGGUUAUUAAAAAGUGUGCAAAAAGUCUAGCUGAUGAUUACCCUUGGAAGUUGAAAAUGAAUUGUAAAUAAUUGAUAUUUUGUUCACGAAAAAGGGAAUUAACUGUAUAGACACUCAAAACUCGAAGAAACCUGUAUGAUGGUAAAUGGUGAUGAAUCUAUUAGUUUAAGAACUGAUAAUUACAAGAUAAUUUGUUAGUUUUCGUUGAAUUAGAACCGUUGAAUUAUUGAGCAACGGCAAUGAUCUGGCAUGUGAUGUGAUUUGUCAAAAUUUCAUGUAUGUAAACGAUGUCA